AUGAGACGUCAGUUUGUGGACAAAUAUUAACCUUGUCAACAUUCAUUCUUCCACUUUACACAUCAUAAUAUUUAUACAAGGAGACAUGUACAGCACAAGGUCAUUGAUUGCCACACUUGCAACAAAACAGUUGUCGCGCUCAACUCCAGCCGCAUCACUUCACACAGUCCCUGCUUUGGCGGAGGAAAAGCGAGGUUUUCUCUCAAGGCUGAACCCUUUUGCUAAAACUGAGACCAAGCCUGUGCAGCCACAUGUUAAGGCUUCUGAACUUGCUGGGAAAUUGAACGUUGAAAUUGAAGAGGAUGAGGAUAAGAAACCUGCACCAAGCUGGAAAAGUGCACGCCAGAUUUUAACCGCAGAUCAACUCGAGGAAUCCAUCCGAUCUGCUGCAUCACCUUUCCUCGACACCAGCUCAAGUCUUUAUCUAAACCAAAUCAAGUUAGGAAAUGAUCCGCGGCUCAAAUUCAAGGUCUUGAAAGCAUGCGUGGUUUCUACAGGACAUGAGAUCCCCAAUAAAGAAAUUGCUUCAAUCCACAACCUCAGGGACGUAUUUACAACCUUACAAAGGCUUGAGCAGGAAAGAAGCGCUCUUCCUGAGAAUCCACAAGGACAUAUCGUAGCAGAAUGGUUCGAGAAGAAUAAGACCACAUUACCAUCCAAUAUGAUCUUUAUUCCCUAUCAAAAGUCAAGGAAUGUCAAAAAGGAAAACAGAACGACCACCAAUAAGCGGUUUUUGUAGUUGGAGC